AUGCGUGGGGCGGCGCGAGCCGGGGGCGCCGGAGACCGGGCGCGGCCCCCGGUCCGGAGCGCGUGCGGCUGGUGGCUGCUUGUUGUUUGGUCGCUGCGGCUGGCCUCGGGCGGGCUGUGCGCCCCGCGGACGCGCGGCAGGCUGCAGUGCCUGCAGGUGUCGGUGUUCGCCAACCGCAGCCGGGCGCGCACCGACGGCCUGGCGCGGCUCGGGGAGCUGCAGGUCUACGGCUGGAGAAACGGCUCGGACUCCAUCCGCUUCCUCAAGCCCUGGGCGCGGGGCCCGUUCGGCGAGGGGCAGUGGGACGAGCUGCAGCGGCUACUCAGUGUGUACCGUGGAAGCUUCACCAGGGACAUGCACGAAUUCGUCAAAAUGCUGCGCCUGGCCUAUCCCUUUGAGAUCCAGGUGUCUGCUGGCUGCGAGCUGCGCCCCGGGAACACCUCCGAAAGCUUCUUUCACGCAGCAUUUCAAGGAAAAGAGAUCAUGAGUUUCCAAGGAACUGUUUGGGUGCCAGCCCCAGAUGCCCCCUACUGGGUGGGCAGGGCCGCCAAAGAGCUCAACCAGGACCAGGGGACCAGAAAGACCCUACAGUGGCUCCUCAAUGACACCUGCCCCCAGUUUGUCAGAGGCCUCCUUGAGGCAGGGAAGUCGGAACUGGAGAAGCAAGUGAGGCCGGAGGUCUGGCUGUCCACUGGCCCCACGCCCGGUCCUGGCCGUCUGCUGCUGGUGUGCCACGUCUCCGGCUUCCACCCAAAGCCUGUGUGGGUGAUGUGGAUGCGGGGUGAGCAGGAGCAGCGGGGCACCCAGCAAGGCGACAUCCUGCCCCAUGCUGAUGAGACGUGGUAUCUCCGAGUGACCCUGGAUGUGGCGGCCUGGGAGGCAGCUGGUCUGUCGUGCCGAGUGAGACACAGCAGUCUAGGGGGCCAGGACAUAAUCAUCCACUGGGAGGGGAGCCACUCCUCCAUGUGGCUGAUGCUUGUGGCUUUGCUGGGGUCCUUACUGAUGAUUGGAUGCUUAGCCCUCUGGUAUAGGAGGCGCCGCAGCCUCAACACCACUGGGGACUUGCACAUUGUUCUGGACCCCAUCUCGGACCUCCUAAAUAAGAAAUGGGAGUGGGGCCCCCUGUAA